UCUCUCUCUCUCUCUCUCUCUCUCCUGUUUAUCCUCUAAUUUCUUUGAUUUCAUCUUCUUUCUCUCUCCCCAUCUGCCCCUUUGAUCCUCUUGUUCUAUCUCCAUCUCCCUUUGAUAUCCCUCUUGGUUCCCUCCCCCCUUCUCCCCUUCUCUCUAUGAUACUCUGUCUUUCCUUUAUCUGAGGCGGCUCUAUCUCAAUUUUAUCUUUGUCUCUGCAAAUUCUCCUAGCUUCAGAUCAUUGGAAUUCCUAUUUGGUUUCCUGGAUUUUGAUUCACCAAAGCUUCUGGGUGAUCUUAAAGCUAUAAAGUCAACUGGGUCUCUGCAAAAUUCAACCAGUUUUGUGUUGGAGAUAAUGAUAAUUCAGGAAUCGGAGCUGGCUUCUUGAAGCAUUUAUGACAGAGAGUUUGCUGAACCUUGUCUAGAUUCCCUCAGGUUUGUUGAGGGAGAAACAGAAAAUCAGGAGGAAAACACCAUCUUAAACCUCAUACAAGAUUUUGCAGGUUGAUGAAAGACAAAACAACAAACAAUUCAGGAGGGAGACAUCAAUUCUUGAAAUUUUCCCACUUUUCGCUGGUUUGAUGAGAGAAAAUAUGUCAACUCUAAGGAAACACCCACUCUUGAAUCUGGCACGGUAUUUUUGAGGUUAAAAGAGAGAGAAGUGACCCAUCUGCAAGGAAGAGAAUUUCAUCUUUUGCAGGUUCAAUAGAGAGAGAAUCUAUAAAAGAGAAUGGUUCUUCCAGAGCAAAAACCAGAACUUGUCUCCUCAAACCCCAAGCACGUUUAAUCUGAUAAAAAAUCAAUGGCGGACAGAGUGCGAAUCAAUGUGGGUGGCACCAUUUUUGAGACCACCACCACCACCCUCGCAAAUGCCGGCCGGGAUUCCAUGCUUGGUGCCAUGCUUGAUGAGAAUUGGAACGUUCUAGAACCCAACCAGUACCUUCCGAAAGACCCCAAUACUCGAGAUCAAAAUCUUCUAGAACAACCCAACACCAUCUUCUGGACCCUUCCGGAACCCAGUCGGAAGAUUUCAGAGCCAUACUUCAUCGACCGAAACCCUGCUUGCUUCUCUGUCCUCUUAGACCUUUUGAGAACUGGUGAGCUCCAUAUUCCCCCUCAUAUUCCUGAGAAGCUUCUCUACAGAGAAGCUGAAUUCUAUGGCAUUAUAGACCAUGUUAGGGCCUUGAAAUGGGGCCCAUUUGAUGGAAAUCGAUUAGGCCCUGCUGCUUCAGUUAGCGGGCGGGCCCCAGGCGAUGGCACUGCUAUCAGAGCGGGCCCACAUGGUGGGUGUUGUGUAGCUCAUGGUAGCAUGGUUCACACUUAUGAUUGGACUCUUGAUGAGCUCCCUACUCUCUCUUUAAACUAUCAGAGAGUAAAUGAUGUUGGGUUUAUGAAUCCUCAGAAGGUUGUGGUGUGUGCUUGUGAGAGGUUAGAUCGAGGGGAUGGAGGGAUGGGAUUGUUCGAUUUUCGAACAGGGGAGCUUUUGUUCAAGUUUCAGGUGACCCAUGAAAAUAGACUGAAGAGCUUCACAGCUGGGGCUCUAAGUUUUAGUGAGAAUGAUAGGAUUUUCGCGAGUUGUAGAGGGAGAAGUAAUGAGUAUGGGAUUGGAGUUUGGGAUCAGGUUACUGGUAAACAAAUUGAUUUCUUCUAUGAAACACCUGGUUGGUCACUUGGAGAUUCAGGUAAGCUUCAAUGGCUACCUGGUAACAAUGUCUUGCUAGUGGCCACCUUGUACCCACGAAACGAGAAUUGUUACAUCUCCUUAAUAGAUUUUCGGGAGAGAAAAAGGGUUUGGUCAUGGUCAGAUGUUGGGGCACCAGCAACAGUGGAUGAGAAGCUAGUCUUGGAUGCUGUAGUAAUGGAAGAGAGUAAUUCGGUUUGUGUAGUGAACCAAUAUGAUGAUCUUGGUUUCAUGGAUUUGAGGAGUAAUGUGGGUGUAGUAAGAUGGAGCACAAGAAGCCGGCUAUUGAAAGUGAACAAUGCAGAUGAGAGAUGUUACCCUAAGCUAGCAGCCUAUGGUGGUCAGCUCUUCUCCUCCAUGAACGAUAGCAUCUCAGUGUUUUGUGGUCCUGAGUGGGUCUUGACUUCAAGGCUUAGAAGAAGCCACGGAGGAUCGAUCUGUGAUUUCUCAAUAGGGGGUGAUAGGCUCUUUGCACUCCACAACGAGGAAAAUGUGUUUGAUGUGUGGGAGACACCACCUUCUCGGUCUCCACUGUAAAAUUUUAUUUGGAUUUUCUAAUGGUUUCUCUUCAAGAAAAAGAACCCAGGAGGCCAACCUUCAAAGUUUUACUCUGCUGUAAAAAUGAGGGAUGCGUGUUUGUGUGAAACUCUAAAUAUAUAUAUACAGGAAACAGAAAGAAAGUGAGAUAUGUUUGUAUAGAUAUGUGGGUUUUGAACCUUUAUGCAUAUGGAGUUUCUGAGUCUUUCUCAGUUAAUGUAAUGGAUAUUCAUUUCAUCAAUCAAUCCAUUGGUGUAAGUCUUGAGUAAAGCUAACUAGUUCAUACAACAAAAAUAAAAACGAGGGAGAAC